AUGUUACUAGGUCAUAUAAGAAAUUCGGAGGCCCAAGAAAAGAAGAGAGGUCAGGAGCAGGACCAUCCCGAGAGCUCGAAUAGGGAAAAGAGACAGGAAAAGCUUGAGAUCUCCUCCCAGGACGAGCUAAUAGAGGGGGAGCUUGAGAAGGUAACCAAGGUUCCCACCGGCACUAUCUCCCGCCAGGAAGCAACGCGACACCUCAGCGAUCGGCGGCAGGACAUCAGCCCGGAACCUCAGGACGUCGAAGCCGUCAUCGUACUGGGCCGGGAACCGGUGCUCCGGCGCCAGGCGGUAGUUGACGGAGACAACUACGGCGGGGACCUCCCGCGCGAAUCGGCGGCAGACGUGGUCAUAGCCCUUGAAAUCGGGGGCCAGACGAAUCCGCCGCCGUGGAAGAAGACGACGACGGGUAGCCGGUUCUGGCCGGAUCCGGAUCCGGAUUUUUCGGGCGGGCCGGCGGGGGUGAAGAGGCGGAACCAGAGGUUGCGGGAGGGGUCCACGGAAACGUCGGAGGUGGUGACGCCGCGGCGGGGCUUGGGAUUGGGGGGGACCUUGAAGCCGGCGGAGUCGAUCAGCCGGAAUGCGCUGCGGUUGACGGUGCCGUUGGGGCGGCUGGAGAAGUCGGUGAUGGCGUUGAGCAGGAAGAUGGAGCAGCGGGUUUUCCAGGGGAGGGCGGGGCGCUUCUGGGUCGGGCUCGGGCCGGGCAUUUGGAUUUUUUUUUUUAAUCUUCUUCCAGAUCUGGUUUUGGGUUUUGAUGUUGGGCAAUGA